AGUUUCAGUUGAAAUCGUUGGGUGUCGCGGUUCGGUCCCCAUUGAAUUCUCCCGCUGCGCCUUUCGCCUUUACAUUGCAUUCUGUGAUAUUUGCUUGUGAUUAGAUCCUGAUCAGGACUUUUCACAGUUAUUACUAAAUUUUGUGGUUGUUAAAUAAAGUGUUGUGGUUAAUCCAUUCGAAACGCAUUUUGAACUUUGUGCAAUAUACUUUUAAUACACAUUAACAACCAUGCUGCGUAAUAGCUAUAAAGCGCUGCGCAACAAUUUAUUAGGCAAUACCUGGAGAGCAGCGAGCUCCCAUGGGCCCAGACAACCACUGCUGCCGCCUGAGAAGCGCUUAGAAAAGGCUCAUCCACAGUUCACAGAGCGCAGUCAGCUCAAAUAUGCUCGUCGUCUAGUUGUGAAGCUGGGCAGUGCUGUGAUAACACGUGAAGAUAAUCAUGGCUUGGCCUUGGGCCGCUUGGCCUCCAUUGUGGAGCAGGUUGCCGAGUGCCACUUGGAGGGACGUGAGGUGAUUAUGGUGACCAGCGGUGCUGUGGCCUUUGGCAAACAAAAACUGGCCCAAGAGCUGCUUAUGUCGCUUUCGAUGCGCGAAACCCUUAAUCCCAAGGACUCCAAAGAGUUCGAUGGUGCCACAUUGGAGCCACGUGCGGCCGCUGCGGUGGGUCAAUCGGGUCUUAUGUCCCUCUACGAUGCAAUGUUUGCGCAAUAUGGCGUUAAGAUAGCCCAGGUGCUGGUGACCAAGCCGGAUUUCUACAACGAGGAAACACGCAACAAUCUCUUCUCUACGCUCUCCGAAUUAAUUAGCCUAAAUAUUGUGCCAAUCAUAAACACGAACGAUGCCGUGUCACCACCAAUGUUCAUACGUGACGAUGAGCCAGCUGGCGGAGCCAGAAAGGGCAUCCCUAUUAAAGACAACGACAGUCUGUCUGCCAUGCUCGCCGCUGAAGUGCAGGCGGAUCUGCUUAUCCUCAUGUCCGAUGUCGAUGGCAUUUACAAUAAGCCGCCGUGGGAGGAUGGCGCCAAGCUCAUGCACACCUACACCAGCGAUGACAUGAACAGCAUUGAGUUUGGCAAGAAGUCUAAGGUCGGCACCGGCGGCAUGGACUCUAAGGUAAAGGCGGCUACUUGGGCACUGGAUCGAGGCGUUAGCGUUGUUAUAUGCAAUGGCAUGCAGGAGAAGGCUAUUAAGACAAUUGUGGGUGGCAGAAAAGUUGGCACAUUCUUUACGGAAUCAACGGAGAGCGCCAACUCCGUGCCCGUCGAGGUGAUGGCCGAGAAUGCUCGCAUUGGCAGUCGACAGAUGCAAGCGUUGACCGCUGCCCAACGUGCCACAGCCGUAAACAACUUGGCCGAUCUGCUGGUUAGCCGUGAGAAAUACAUUUUGGAUGCCAAUGCCAAGGACUUGGCCGAGGCCAAGAAGAAUGGACUGGCCAAGCCGUUGUUGUCGCGUUUAUCACUCAAUUCGGCCAAGCUAAAGAAUCUGUCGAUUGGUUUGAAGCAGAUUGCUGAUGACAGUCACAAGAAUGUGGGUCGUGUACUGCGUCGCACUCAACUGGCCGAUGGACUGGAAUUGAAGCAGGUGACAGUGCCCAUUGGUGUGCUGCUGGUUAUCUUCGAAUCCCGCCCAGACUCAUUGCCCCAAGUGGCUGCUCUUGCCAUGGCAUCGGCCAAUGGUUUGCUCUUGAAGGGCGGCAAGGAGGCUGCACACAGCAACAAAGCCCUAAUGGAGUUGGUCAAGGAGGCGCUGAGCAGUGUGGGUGCCGAGCAUGCUGUGUCCCUGGUGUCGACACGCGAGGAGAUUAGCGAUCUACUUGCCAUGGAGAAUCACAUCGACUUGAUUAUUCCUCGUGGCUCCUCGGAGCUGGUGCGCAACAUUCAGGAGCAGUCGUUGCACAUUCCCGUACUGGGUCAUGCUGAGGGCGUCUGCCACGUCUACAUUGACAGGGAUGCUGAUCUGAAGAAGGCGCUGCACAUAGCUCGUGAUGCCAAGUGCGAUUAUCCAGCAGCCUGCAAUGCCAUGGAAACGUUGCUCAUCCACGAGGAUCUAAUGAGUGGAGAGAUUUUCAACGAUGUCUGCAACAUGCUGAAACGUGAGGGAGUCAAAAUCUAUUCGGGACCGCGUCUGAAUCAGCAGCUGACAUUCGGUCCGCCUGCGGCAAAGAGUUUGAGACAUGAAUACGGUGCGCUGGAGUGCUGCAUUGAGAUUGUGCCCAGCUUGGAGGAGGCCAUUAAUCACAUACAUACGUACGGAAGUGGACACACCGAUGUCAUUGUAACGGAGAAUGAUGCCGCAGCAAAGCAUUUCCUUGGCAGCGUGGACAGCGCCUGUGUGUUCCACAAUGCGAGCUCGCGUUUUGCGGACGGUUUCCGGUUUGGCCUUGGCGCCGAGGUGGGCAUCUCAACGGCACGGAUCCAUGCACGUGGCCCCGUCGGUGUGGAGGGGCUGCUGACAACCAAAUGGAUACUCAACGGUCAGGAUCACGCUGCUGCGGACUUCGCUGAGGGAGGAAAACGCACGUGGAUCCACGAAUCGCUACCCAUUGAUUAGUUUACCUUUCGCCUGCAAUUUUUGUUUGUUCGUUUUAGUUUCUAAGUUCUCUAUGUACAUACAUAUACAUAUUUGUAACAUA